CACAUCGACCCGCCACACCACCUAUCACAGCAACACAAGCCAACCACAAAGAAUUCUCAUUUCCGGUAACUUUUCUCAAGCCUUUUUGGCGCUCUGAGAAUCAUCACACGGAAGUCAAGCCUUUGUUGUUGUCGUGAUUAGUUUAGUUUAGUCACCGAGAUGAGCUCCCGAAUGGCCGGAGCGACGCUGCUGCGCCACCUGGGCCCCCGCCUGUUCGCCGCCGAGCCUGUGUACUCCGGGCUCGCCGCGAGCGCCAGGGGCGUCAUGCCCGCCGCCGCGAGGAUUUUCCCCGCGCGGAUGGCCAGCACCAGCAGCGCCGGCGCGGACGUCAAAGAAGGCGCAGCCGAGAAGCUGCCGGAGCCGGCGGCAACGGCGGCGGCGGCGGCGACCGACCCGCAGAACAAGAAGGCCGUCGUGAGCUACUGGGGCAUCCAGCCGCCGAAGCUCGUGAAGGAGGACGGCACGGAAUGGAAGUGGCUCAGUUUUAGGCCAUGGGACACGUACACGUCGGACACGUCGAUCGACGUGACGAAGCACCACGAGCCGAAGGGCCUCCCGGACAAGCUGGCGUACUGGACGGUGAGGUCGCUGGCGGUGCCCAGGGACCUCUUCUUCCAGCGGCGGCACGCGAGCCACGCGCUGCUGCUGGAGACGGUGGCCGGGGUGCCCGGGAUGGUGGGCGGCAUGCUGCUCCACCUGCGCUCCCUCCGCCGCUUCGAGCAGAGCGGCGGCUGGAUCCGCGCGCUGCUGGAGGAGGCCGAGAACGAGCGGAUGCACCUGAUGACCUUCCUGGAGGUGAUGCAGCCACGGUGGUGGGAGCGCGCCCUCGUGCUCGCCGCGCAGGGCGUCUUCUUCAACGCCUACUUCGUCGGCUACCUCGUCUCCCCCAAGUUCGCGCACCGCUUCGUCGGCUACCUCGAGGAGGAGGCCGUGAGCUCGUACACCGAGUACCUCAAGGACCUCGAGGCCGGCAAGAUCGAGAACACGCCGGCGCCGGCCAUCGCCAUCGACUACUGGCGCCUCCCCGCCGACGCCACGCUCAAGGACGUCGUCACCGUCAUCCGCGCCGACGAGGCGCACCACCGCGACCUCAACCAUUUCGCAUCGGACAUCCAGCAACAGGGGAUGAAGCUGAAGGAUACGCCUGCGCCUAUCGGGUAUCACUGAUCAUCAUUCAUCAACGGGCGAUGCCUGCUCAGUUCAUCACCAUCACUGCUACUACAUGCGUAUUUUACAUCCUAUUUGGGAUAAACUUUGUUCUGUGUAUAUAUGUAAAUAAGCUAUUGUCACUCCGUUUUAUGCCUGUACCUAUAUGCAUGCUGAGAUUAUGCAAAUUGUGAAUAACAAUAUAGUAAGAUUUUUUUUGGAGUAGAA